AUGACAAGUCGAUCGCCAAGCUCAACCCCUGAGAGGAUGCCCAGGCGUGCAACAGGUUCGACGGGCGCAUCGCCUGUGUCUUCGCAGACAUCAGCAUCUAGCCACAUAUUUGGAGACUAUGAUCCGCCGAAACAGGCUGGCAGCCAGGACAACGAAGCAAAUGGUAAGGAAGGAUUACAGCAGGUUCCACAAAGGGCCCUUGGUGUCCAUAACAUACCCAACCCUGUGGAGCCACGACUACUGGCUUCAGGGGAUAACAGCUUUUCAUCUGCUAAGCGACCGUUCGAAGACAAAACUCCGGAAGACACCAGACCUCCAUGUCCCCAUCUACAUCCUCUGACGAGAGCACCCACUGGUCCUCCCUCAGCGAUGUCGGAUCAUGGUAGCCAUGCACCUGGUCGCGCACAACCGCCUCUGGCACAUUCUCAAACUUCAUAUUCUCCUAACACGCAGGCUGGUCGGCCCUUCCCGAGCCCGGGGCCCCCAAGCGAGUCCGCCUCGCCAUGGUCGGAAACACUGCGAAGACAUGGGAUGGGAGGGUCCCUUUUUGGCGUCGAGGGACAGCAAGCCAUGUUGACACUUCCGGGAAGCGAGGCCCCUAUCCCUGUGCAUAUGGACUUUUCGCAGGCGUCCAAGAAAGCAGAUGAGAAGAGGCAGAGAAAUGCAGUGGCUUCGACAAGGCACAGGAGGAAGAAGAAGAUCAUGCAGGAAGAGAACGCAAAACAGCUACAAGAGCUUCGGGACGAAAGGCGUCUCAUGGAGAUACGGAUCGAGGAGUUGAUUCAACAGCGGGACUUCUACCGUGAAGACCGUAACCGUUUACGAGACAUUGUCGCACAAACGCCGUCAAUAAGUGGCAUUGCUGCUGGACCUUCUAGUCCUACUAUUUCGACAAGCAAUUCUUAUGCAGAGACUGGGUCCAUGAGUUACGGAGAUGGACUAUCGAACGAAAGACCAGCCCAACGCCGUUGA